AUGGCUCUUAAACUCUACGGUCAUCCCAUGUCUUUAUGCAGCCGCCGUGUUCUCCUCGUUCUAGCGGAGAAAGGUAUCGACUUUGAGUUCGUCUCAGUCGAUUUCUUGGCCGGAGAGCAGAAGCGAGCUCCCUAUGAUGAAUUGAUGCCGUUUGGACAGAUUCCAGCACUUGAAGAUGGCGCGCUACGCCUCUACGGCAAGUUAUUACAAAACAUUGUGACAACCGCUCCAUCGCGAGCCAUUGCUCGGUACCUGGCAUCAAAAUACCGGGACCAGGGAAUCGACCUUUUGCCUGCUGUUGAUGAUGUCCAGGCUUCGGCUUUAUUUGAGCAGUUUGCAUCAGUAGAAUUCUCGCAGUUCUACGAUCCAGCCCUCCAAGUCUUGACCCUGAGACUAUUCAAUCCGGCUAGGGGCGAACACUCAGAUGAGACUGCGACCAAGAAUAGUAUCGACCAGCUUCACAACAAGCUAAACGUUCUCGAUAAGAUCUUGUCCACUCAAGACUAUUUUGCUGGCUCUCGAUUCACUAUUGUAGAUGUAUUCUACAUGCCGGUCGUAAUUGCUCUUUUUUACGCUGGCGAAGGACCCGCCAUAGAGCAACGUGAGAACCUCGCAUCUUGGUGGGGAAGGGUUUCCAACCGGGAGUCUUGGAAGAAGAUUAACGAAACUGAAUCGAAGGCCUAG